CAGAAACGUUUUACCCCUGAACGAGUGCAAUGUGGAAAACUAGAAGUAGUGACCCACUUUGUUGUUGUUGUUCGUGUGUCGUGCAGGAAAAGUUAGAGGGAGACUGACUCUCAGAGAGAACCGAAAACAAAAGGUGGUAACCGGGGGAAGAACUAAUUCCAUCUCAGAAACUAUUCCUGCAUUUGGAAGCGUUUCCUCUCAAAUGCUGAUAUUACAGUUUGUUUUCCUUUUGUCGAGAAGACCCUUUGAUGAUGUGGGUUCACGUUCCUGAGAUCGCUUUGUUGAAGGUACAUAUAGUUGGAUUGUUGUUAUGGGUUCCAGUCCUGUUGUGGGUAGCAGCGGUAGCAGCAACAGUAGUAUUUGCUGCGACAUGAGCAUGAAGUGUUGGUGCAGAUGGAGAUGGGAUCACUGUUUCCUCUCCUCCACUUUUAUCUUCUUCUUCUGCUCUUUUCUUCUAUUAGGAUCCACUGCCACCUUUUUCGCUUGGCUUACUUUCCCACCUUAUGAACGCCCGGCUCUCUAUUCGCUUGGAUGUCAAGAAGAUAAUGAAGGAUCAUGGUCGAUCGGCAUCUACUAUGGGGACUCACCCUUUUCUUUGAAACCCAUUGAGUCUAAGAAUGUGUUUAACGAUGAGAGCGCGGCUUGGCCUAUUGCAAACCCUGUAGUUACAUGCGCUUCCUUGUCAGGUGCUGGUUUCCCUAGCAAUUUUGUGGCUGAUCCUUUUCUCCUUGUUCAGGGGGAUACACUUUAUUUGUUUUAUGAGACCAAGAACUCUGUCACCUUGCAAGGAGACAUUGGGGUUGCAAAAAGUAUGGAUAAGGGUGCAACAUGGCAGCAAUUAGGCAUUGCCUUGGAUGAGGAUUGGCAUCUUUCUUAUCCUUAUGUUUUCAGCUACCAUGAUCAAAUAUACAUGAUGCCUGAGAGCAGUCAGAAAGGGGAGCUCCGCCUCUAUCGAGCUAUUAACUUUCCUCUGCAGUGGACACUGGACAGGGUUAUCAUGAAGAAGCCCCUAGUGGAUUCCUUUAUUAUAAACUAUAAAGGUAAUUACUGGCUCUUUGGGUCAGAUCACAGUGGUUUUGGUGCGAAGAAGAAUGGAGAGUUGGAAAUCUGGUAUGGUAACUCACCACUGGGUCCUUGGAAACCACACAAGCAGAACCCUAUUUACAACACUGAUAAGAGCUUGGGUGCUCGGAAUGGAGGCAGGCCAUUUAUUUACAAUGGAAACCUCUACCGCAUUGGUCAAGAUUGUGGUGAAACAUAUGGGCGGCGAGCGCGUGUCUUCAAGGUGGAGAUUCUGAAUAAGGAUGAAUACAAGGAAGUUGAAGUUCCACUGGGCAUAGAAGAGGCUAAGAAGGGCCGAAAUGCUUGGAAUGGUGCUCGUUACCAUCACCUAGAUGUGCAACAGCUAAGCUCGGGAGAGUGGGUUGGGGUAAUGGAUGGAGAUCGGGUUCCUUCCGGAGAUUCUGUUCAUAGAUUCAUCCUUGGUUCUGUUGCAGUGGCGGUUGUAGUUGUACUCAUUGUACUAGUAGGGAUGUUGCUGGGUGCUGUUAAGUGUAUUUUACCCCUGAGCUGGUGUCCCCAUAGCUCAAUGAAGAGAAGUGAUGCUUUCUCAACCUGGGAGUGGGAGCGCUCACAUUUGUUCUCUGCCAAGCUGAGGCGAUUCUUUACUCGUGUGAACAGAACAAGUACAAUUAUCAGAGGCCGGAUAAAGCCCAACACUUGUGCUGGAAAAUUUGUUCUCUCCUUAAUAUUUGUGGUAGGAAUGGCACUAACAUGCGUGGGGAUCAGAUAUAUAUACGGUGGCAAUGGUGCAGAAGAAGCCUACCCAUAUAAGGGUUCCAAUUCGCAGUUUACACUUCUAACGAUGACUUAUGAUGCUCGUCUAUGGAAUUUGAAGAUGUAUGUGAAACAUUAUUCAAGGUGUUCAUCAGUAAAGGAGAUUGUUGUGGUGUGGAACAAAGGGCCACCUCCUGAACAAAGUGAGUUGGACUCUGUUGUGCCAGUUAGAAUCAGAGUAGAGAAGCAGAACUCGCUGAACAAUCGAUUCAAAGUGGACCCACUGAUAAAAACGCGGGCUGUUCUUGAGCUUGAUGAUGACAUCAUGAUGCCAUGUGAUGAUAUUGAACGAGGGUUCAGAGUGUGGCGGGAGCAUCCUGAUAGGAUAGUUGGGUUCUAUCCACGUCUCAUUAAUAGGAGUCCAUUGAAGUACAGGGAUGAGAAGUAUGCCCGAACUCGUAAGGGGUAUAACAUGAUAUUGACAGGGGCUGCUUUUAUUGAUAGCAAAGUAGCAUUUGAGAGGUACUGGAAUGAAGCAGCAAAGUCAGGGAGGGGGUUGGUAAAUAAGUAUUUCAACUGUGAGGAUGUGCUUCUGAAUUUCUUGUAUGCAAAUGCCAGCUCGUCACAGACUGUGGAGUAUGUAAAGCCAGCAUGGGCAAUUGACACAUCAAAGUUCUCUGGGGCUGCAAUCAGCCGGAACACACAGGUGCACUACCAAAUAAGAAGUAAAUGCCUUCUUAAGUUCUCGGAGAUGUACGGGAGUCUGGCAGAUCGGAAGCAGGAAUUCAAUGGUCGGAAAGAUGGUUGGGAUGUAUAGAAGUAUUCUAAUAGCAGGUCAUUAACCACCCUUUUUUUUGCCAUUUUUGUUUCAUAUUCCUUUUCCUUGUAGUUUUGCCGUCAUUUUUCUUUUGUAAACUUUUCUUUUUCUUUUUUUUAUUUCCCUCUAGCCAAUUGUGGGUUUGGGCUAUAUAUAUAUAGCUUAGGUGUAAGCAAGAAGAAUCUAUAGGUGUUUUGGC